AUGGAAAACAAGAUUCAGUUGCAGCGGUUGUAUGUCAGUGAAAGUUGCCAAGGGCUAGGGAUCGGAAAGCAUCUGUUGGCGCGAGCAGAGAAGGAAGCGAGGGGUAUGGGAGGCAAGAAUAUUUGGCUCGCAUCAUGGAAGCCAAAUCUCAAAGCUGAACGCCUAUAUGAGAGCACUGGAUACUUAAAGGCUGGGGAGAUGGCAUUCACGUUGGGAAAUUCUAGGCUGGAAGAUUGGGUCAUGAUCAAAUCGAUUUAA